AAGGCAUUUCACACUGGAUUGUUUUGUGAACAUUGGCCGCUAUGCAGCUGAUCUAACCGACAGACUUGCUGAAGCCCGACGCCUUUCGAACGUUACUUGGUCGUGUGGAAGUCAGAAGAGAAAGCACAACAUCACACGACGCCCCCACUGUGGAUUGUUAUGAUGACCUGGUGGUGAUAAGAAUAGACGUUUUAUUUCAUCAUGGAAACAACAAGGAACAAGGAAGUUGGCUGUUUACGGACAAGAGAUUCACCUAGCGGGGCAGUCCGAGGGCGAGGCCUUCACAGGGCGCCAAAUAAAAACAGGCGCACCACGAGGCAGCAUUGUCACCAUUUUGAGAUUUCUGACAGAGAUGCAUCCUUCUGUUCUGCUCAUGCUGGGCAUCUGCCUGGUUCCUGCACACUUGAAACCAGCAGAACAUCUCGAUAGCUCUUUCCUUCAAUGGUGCUUUGAGGAAGCCAGACAGAUUGUUGAUGAUGCCUACACAUACUCCAGAGCAGAGAGUCUGAGGAGGGUGCGGAAGGACGUGGUGAGUCCUCACGAUGCUCUGCGCCUGCUGAAGCAGCCUCGAGGAGAAACGCGCUCCUUUGUGAGGGCCGCCGACUACAUGCAGCAGACUCUGCGCCUUGUGCAGGAGAGGAUGCACCGCGUCCACAAGCGCUCCCUCAAUGCAACUGAUUUGCUGUCUGCGGAGGAUCUGGAGAGAUUAAGCAUGAUAACAGGAUGUGCAGCUCAAGUCAGGCCUCCGCCGUGUAGUAGUACGCAAAACCUUAACACCUAUCGCACAGCCACAAGCAUCUGCAACAACCGAAAUAAACCCCGACUGGGAGCUUCUAACACCCCGUUUGCCCGCUGGCUGCCUGCGGAAUAUGACGACGGCAUCUCGCUCCAAAAAGGGGGACAACCCAACCGGACCUUCAACAACUUCAUACUUCCACUGGUUCGACAGGUGUCCAAUAACAUCCUCAGCACCACAGAUGCGGGCGUGGUUAGCGACAGGGAGUUUUCUCACAUGGUGACGUUGUUCGGUCAGUGGAACGACCACGACCUCACCUUCACGCCCUUCUCGCCCAGCAUCCGCUCUUUCAGCAAUGGGGUCAACUGCGAUGAGAGCUGCGAACGCACUGAGCCAUGUAUCCCCAUCGCGAUUCCUCCAGGUGACCCACGCUUGCCCACAGGGCCAGACAGCUGUAUACCCUCGUUUAGAUCCGCCCCUGCUUGUGGGACAGGGUUCUCAGCCUACAAUUUCGGAGGGGAGCCCAAUAAGCGCGAGCAGAUCAAUGCUCUGACGGCCUUUCUGGAUCUGGGCCAGGUGUACGGCUCAGAGGAGAAGCUCGCCCUCAGCCUCCGCGACCUCAACAGCGAAGGUCUUCUGCGAGUCAAUUCCGAGUUCCGAGACAACGGCCGGGAGCUCCUGCCCUUUCACCCUCUGCAGGUCAAGAUGUGCGCUACCCGCAGGCGGGUCACCAAUGACACCAACGCCCGAGAAGUUCCUUGUUUCAUUGCAGGUGACGUCCGCGUGGAUGAGAACGUCGCUCUGACUUCAAUUCACACUUUGUUCAUGCGUGAACACAACCGUCUGGCCCGUCAGCUGAAGCGACUGAACCCCCAGUGGGACAGCGAAACUCUCUACCAGGAGGCCCGCAAGAUCAUGGGUGCUUACACACAGGUAUUUGUGUUCCGUGACUACCUGCCGCACAUUGUGGGCGAUGAUGCCAUGCGCAGACAGCUGGGUCCUUACCCCGGUUACGACCCCAAUGUGGACCCCAGAAUCGCCAACGUCUUUGCCACGGCCGCCUACCGCUUUGCUCACUUGGCCAUCCAGCCCGUCUUAGCCCGCUUGGGUCCAGACUACAGAGAGGACCGUCAGUUCCCCAGUGUGCCCUUGUUCAAGGCCUUCUUCACCCCCUGGAGAAUUAUAUUUGAGGGUGGCAUUGACUCGCUGCUGCGUGGUUUGGUGGGUCGCCCUGCGAAACUGAACACUCAGGACCACAUGAUGGUGGACGCUUUGAGGGAGAGGCUCUUCCAGUUUGUGCAGCAUCUGGCUUUAGACCUGGGUUCCCUCAACAUGCAGAGGGGGCGGGACCACGGCUUACCCGGAUACAACGCGUGGCGCAGGUUCUGUGGCUUGUCCCAGCCCAGGAACCAAGCCCAGCUGGCCCAGGUCCUGAACAACAGUAAUCUGGCUCGUAGGCUGCUGGAACUCUACGGGACACCUGACAACAUUGACGUCUGGUUGGGUGGCGUAGCCGAGCCCUUCGUCCGCGGUGGCCGCGUGGGUCCUCUGUUUGCCUGCCUCAUUGCAACCCAGUUCCAGAGGAUUCGCCAGGGUGACAGAUUGUGGUACGAGAACCCGGGCGUCUUCACUGCGAGGCAGCGAGCCGCCCUCUCCACCGCCACGCUGUCCAGGAUCAUCUGUGACAACACGGGAAUCUCAUCCAUCCCCAGAGACGCCUUCAGUGUUCUAUCCAGGCAGAACCUCCUGGUCCGCUGCUCCAACCUGCGGCGUUUCAAUCUAGCAGCAUGGAGAGAGCGGAGCUGCACAGACUUCUUAGAAACUGGUAGCUGUCCUGAAGACAAAGUUGAAGAGGACCAGGAUUUGCUCAAUGAUGAAUUGGAUAAUGAGAUCCCAGACAGCCACUUGGCCUGAGAGACCUCACUCCAACAUCAACAAUCUGCCAUUGUCUAUUGUCCUUCCUUCCAUCCUUCUUUCUCUGCGCUAAAUCUGUAGCUUCCGUCGUGGAGUUUAAUGCUCAGUUUUGUGUGAAACACGUUAUCUUCGCCAACUGACACCGUGUCCAUCAAAUGUGCACGCCAGCGGCAGACACGCAGCAACAUUUGUAAACCGUGUCGUCUUUUUUGUUACAGCUGCCUGUCUAUUUGUAGUUUACCAGUAUUAUGCUGAUUAUUUAUGUAGUGAUGAUGUGUGUUGUUGUUGUUGUUGUUGUUAUUGUCGGCUUGUUUUAUUGCAUCUUUUUCAUAUGCGCUCAAUAAAACUGUGGCUACCGUAAAUGUUUUCUCCUGGUCUUAUUUGGAAACAGUGAUUUGAU